CGCCGACAAACGCGUUUCCAGCCCAGCAGCCCACCACCCCUCGCUCACAGUGGCCAGCGCUGGGAUCGCGAUUCAACCAAUGUGCCAAAAUGUCCUACUAUGACAUUGAUUCCAUUUUGACGGAUGCCCAGAAACUCCCCUGCACGUUUGAGUUGGAAGUCCCCGGACUGGGAAUCCUAGAGGGAAAUCCAGGUGAAGAUAUCAAAGCAGGGACCCGCAUCGAUCUGCCAUUAUGGCUGGGUGAAAUGCUUUCGAUCGGCGCGCGACUAGGGACGUCCCGCCUGGUUACGCUCGAUAUGCCGGACGCGCUGGCGGAGCGGGUAAUCAAUGCGCUCAAGGCCGAUCCUCGGACGGUUGAUUUGCGUGCGUUGGCGCCGCAUUUUUAUACGUUGAGCGAGCGGAUCUUGGAGAUUUUUGAAGAGGAGGAGAUGGUUGAUGUCUUGAUUGAUACCUUUAAGAAGCGGGCAGCCGAAAUUUCCGACCACGCCCACAAUCCACGAGGUGCGGUCGGUGAAGGCGUGGAUUUUCUGCGUGGCCUUGAUGAGAGUGAAAGGCAGUUAUUCCGUGCAGCCCAUGAUCGGGCGAAGGAGGUGCGAAUUUGGGCUGGAGAAGCAAAGAAAAAAUGAUACUGGAAUAUGCCGUACGGGCUGUACGAAGUACGGAGAAGUGACAUCGUAUCCAAGGAUGGGACUGGUCAACUCGGGCUGAGCUGUGCUCGUCCAUUUGAGUUGUGACCCGGUGGCUGAUAAUGAGAUCUAUCGUGCGGGGAACGGGAUAGAGAAUCAAUGACAUGACCUACCAUAAAUGCCUGUUUCCGGUCGGCAAAUGCUAUACUGGAGGAUAUCAGUAUCCCGGUUUAAAGCAAUUCAGCCACAUCCCGAGACUGAGUGGCAUUAUCAUAUUGUCGCAGAUUAUCAGACAGUCCCGAUCUCAAUGCUCCGCCGUUAUC